AUGUUACCUGCUCAAGCAAAAGUGACAGGAUCAAUCUGCAACAAUAGCGAUGUUCAGUACUGCCUGGGCCUGGUCUUUAGAGAGCCUGAGCUCCUGCAGUUCUGCCUGACUUCCAGUGAAGCUAUAGGGACUCGUGCCCUCUUGAAAAUCAGGCCUAUUGUGUAUGAGCAAUCAAAAGCAAUCAAGCUGAACAACCAUUCAGAAGUGCCCGUGUACCUGCCAUUCCUUCUGGUUGGAUCUGUAUUUGUGGCAUUUGUUGUUGGUGGCAUCUUUGUUGGAAUUUGCUGCUGCAAAUGCUUAAAAUCCCAGGGCGAGGAGCAGCAAAGGGGACUUGCACCUGGCCAGACCUGGCUACUAGAACCUGAUCUUCCUUCUCGGCUCCCCAGUUCUAGUUGUGCCACCAGAAGCUCCCUGGGUAGCAGUCCUCAGAUGAGCAACACCUGCAUGAAUCCUUCUCCAUCCCUUCCUGUCAUUAGGUUCACUGAAGAUGCUCUAUUCUUAAAUGCUCCGCCUACCAGUAGCAGAUUCUUGCACCCUUCACACACUGGCCAUGGCAUACCAGCUGAUCACACUGCACUGACUCCAGCAUCCUUCCUGAAAAGGACAGUUUAUGGACACAGUGCUAAUGCAUCCACUAUUAGCGCAGCACAUGGGGACCAGAAGAUGUACUUGGGAGUUUCAUGUUUGAGAAGAUGA